AACUAUCAGUAUUCCUUCAUUCAGCACGACAACUUGGACAUGAUGACGUCUGCAAAGUUUGCUUUCUAUCUGACAUGUUUGUUCUUGGGAGAGAUGGCUCAGACGACUGAUGUGAAAUCGUCCUCAUCUGUUGGUCAAGAGAGACGUUUUAUAUCAGCUAAUGUUGGAGACAGUGUGUCUUUGCAUUGUUACUAUGAAGGCAAUAAUUCAGUAUGGCUUGUCUGGUACAAACAAACUCUGGGACAGCAACCGAGGAUCAUCUCUACCUUCUACAGGUAUAUUAAAAAUGUAACUUUUUAUGGUGAAUUCAAGAACAAUCCCCGCUUCACACUGGAUACUGAAAAUGAUAAAUAUCACCUGAAGAUCUCAAAUAUACACAUUUCAGACUCAGCUACUUACUACUGCGCAACAGGUAGCUGUACAGCUGUCUUGAAUUUUAUGAAGGGCACUAUUGUCAGUGUAGAGGGUUCAGAUUGGAAGAUCCCAGCUUCGGUCCAUCAGUCAGCAUCUGAGAGCAUCCAGCCAGGAGGCUCUGUGACUCUGAACUGUACAGUACACACUGGGACCUGUGAUGGAGAACACAGUGUUUACUGGUUCAAAACCUCUGAAGAAUCUCAUCCAGGACUCAUUUACACUCAUGGAGGCAGUAAUGAUCAGUGUGAGAGGAAACCCAACACACAAACACACACCUGUGUCUACAACUUGCCAAUGCAGAGCCUGGAUCUUUCUCAUGCUGGGACAUACUACUGUGCUGUUGCCUCAUGUGGACACAUACUGUUUGGAGACGGGACCAAGCUGGACUUUGAAGAUGAGGCUGACUUGAUGUAUUUCUGGAGAGGAGCGUCUGCAUUCACCACCAUCCUGGUUGUUUUACUGGCUUUCUCAGUGUGCAUGAUGAACAAGGGAAACAGCUGCCAAUCUUCAGAGGGUUACCAAAAUGGAGACAAUCUCUAUAAUGCUGCUUCAAGGGUCAACCUGACCAAGACAUCAAGAAGACAGCGGGAUUCAACCUGGAGUGAGUGUGUGUAUUAUAGUGUAAAGAAGUAGAACUGGACAUAUCACAUUUGUAAGGCAGGAUUUUCUUUGUGCUUCUUUUGGGUUGUAAUGUAAAUUUUGAUUUACGUUUAAAAUAAAUAAACUUUUAUAGCUUCUUUUAGGUCUGCAGCCCAAAUUAAAUUUCACUGUUUGUUGAUGUGCAUAUGUAGGAUGCUGUUUUUGUGUCUGUGAGGUCUGAAGCAGGACAGCUCUACAAUGCUGCUUGUUUCUUGCAUAUUAACCAUCUAAAAUUAUACGGUUGUCUUUACAACAUAUGAGUAAAGGAUUUUUGUGACUUCAGUAGUAUAUUAAGAAACUCUGAUUCAUUGGGCUUUCAGGAUCAAUAUUGUCUUAUACUUCGAAUAUUUACUCUCAUUAGAUUUGAAAUAAAUCAUACCAGUGUUUGUUUAUGUGAAUUUUAUGUAGUAAAGAUCAAAUAAAAUAUAAAAAAUCUGG